UGGUUAUCAUAGUCAUAACCGUGUGUAUGAUUCAAACGACUUAGGCCUUCAAAGACUAAUAUUCUUAAACAAAAGUCGUUAACGAUUUUUCUUGUUCCGACAAUAUAAUAGCUACUAUAAAGUUGUAUUACAAGUUGUGUUGGGUUAUAUUGGUUUGAGGUCCGACUAUGAUACCUAUCAGGAACAGGCUGACUCGUCGGUUGUCAUCGAAGGUCUACUGAUUACGAAUUAUGGUUGUUAUACAUAUUACUGCCAGUAAUAUUUGUUCACUGAAUAUCAAAUCAUUUGAGAAAAGACUUUCGGAUGUUGAUUUAGAUUUGGGUACCAAAUGCAGUCAUUUGAAGAAUGUUUUGCUGAAGCAGCUAAAUUUGUAAAUGCUGAAACAAAUCAAUCAAAAACCGAAGAGGAAUGGUUUUUAGAAUAUAUCGCAAAAGCUGGGCUUUCGUAUUUAUUUGACCGUAAAUAUUUACCAGUAUUUUAUUCACCACAUAUUACCAAAGAUGUGAACGAGUUCAAAGCAAAACUUCGGGAAGAGGCCCGGGGUAGGUUUUUUGAUAGAGAAUUGAACAAGUUACUAACAGGCGACGAGUUAAAGCAUUUGUGGACGUUACUACAAGACUACCAUAUCUCACCACCAAACCAUGUUGCUAGAUUCGAUGGAGAAAAUAAUUUGUACAUAAAUUAUACAAAUUUUGUCAAAGUCAAAGAACUCCUUAGUGACAAAUAUGAAAUGUUUUUCAAACCUAGCGUUUUCCUGCAACUCCAAGAUAGUGGCCAUAAUAAGGGGUUUUUGUCCGUAGACACAUUUUUUAAUUACAUUAUGAAAAAGAUAUGGUCAGAUCAGACAAGAAAUGGACUGUCACAAUAUGACUCCACUGGACUUGGUUACCUCACCGAAUCUGGUUUUGAAGCCUAUAUUUUGGAUCUCAUACCAACUUUGACACAACUGAAGAAAUUAGAAAAGACAUUUUAUGCUUUCUAUGCAUGCAUGGUCGUAAGAAAGUUUUUUUUCUAUUUGGACCCGCUUCACACUGGGAAAAUACGGAUUGUAGAUAUUCUGUCUUGUGGUUUUCUUGACGAUCUUUUAGAGCUACGGGAAGAAAAUUGUAAAGAGUCUCAGAAUAAAAAAAAUUGGUUUUCUGUUCCGUCGGCUCUGCGCAUUUAUUCCAUGUAUUUAGAACUCGAUAAGGAUCAUAAUGGAUUGUUAAAUCGUGAAGAACUGGCAAGUUACAAGUUGGGUUCAUUUACCUCUGCAUUCUUAGACAGAGUCUUCCAAGUUGCCUUUACUUUUGAUGGCCAAAUGGAUUAUAAGGGUUAUUUAAAUUUUGUGUUGGCCACCGAAAAUCGAAAUGAACCACAAGCUCUUAGAUACCUGUUCAAGUUUCUAGAUAUUAAAGACCAAGGAUAUCUGGAUUCGUUUACUAUAAAUUAUUUUUCAAGGGCAGUGGCCGAUCGAUUGCCUCCAACUGAUGGUGAUGGUGAUCAAAGUACAUGCGCCGUUUCAUUGGAGGAUAUCAAAGACGAGAUAUUUGACAUGAUCAAACCUGAACAACCUGACAGGAUCACGCUCAAAGACAUAGUUCGUAGUGGUAUGGGUCAAACUCUAGUCAACAUAUUAGUUGAUGUCAACGGUUUUUGGUCUUAUGAGUUCCGUGAGACGAUCGCCUCAAAUCAGAUGACUGGCGUAGAACAAGAUAAAUAUUUCAGUGGCGGCAGUGUAAAACAUUAAAAUAGUCAAAAAUAUUUCUUCGUUGGUGCAAUUCAUUAGAACGACAGUGUCAAAAGUUAAGUCUAAAAACAAACAGCAGAAAAGAACACGCACGAGUAUGUUUGGAAUCAUUUCUAAAUUAAUUAAUUUGACAUUGUAGUGAGAGAAGUGAACAAGAAAAAUGAAAGAUUGACUGACUAAAGCAGUCUCCAGCCCCUAUAUAACAUACCACGAAAAGCAUAAACAGGGAUGAAACGUCUUGAUUGAGUCAUGCUUUACAAUCAAAACAAGACAGUUACUUUUUAUUUAUCACCUUCCCUUAUUUAAUGCUUUUUGUGGUGCCUAGAAGACGCUGAGACAGACAAUGACUCAUGGCUACUUUGUAGUUGCUAAAAGUCAUACCAUAUGUAUAAUCGUGUUAGCAUAUUCUUUUCUGUGGUCUUAGAAAUACAAGAGGUAUUGAUUUUAUUAAUAUUCCAAAGGAGAAUAUAACAGAGCCCUAACUCCACCGUCGAAUACAAUUUAGAUUUCACUAUAAUGCGCAGUGUAUUAUUCGUUGGCGCCAUCUCUUAGUAAAACCGGAAAAGACUUAUGCAUACAUCUGGUAUAUACAACAAUUAAUCUACACUGUCCAUGUAAAUAUUUGUUCAUCACAAAAUUUACACGAACAGUGAAGUGGAAAAUGUAAUAUCAAAUAGUACAUAGAAUAGGGGUUGAAAAAAAACUCCUCAGCCACCUUCUGUACAAUUACAAGUUCUUGAAUAUUUGAUAACUCUACAAAACAUGUGCCUGAACUACAAAUAGAUGCCAUGGAGUCGUCGGGAUAGCGUACAUUAUAAAAAAAUAAUUUUAAAUAAUAUUUUGCCCCGAACAGCAUCUAUAAUUACCCGCUUGAAUUUCAUUUUUAUGUAAAUCGGCACAGCUCCGAACGGUUCGUAAUGCUUCCAGAUCGCGGAUAAUAAACCCAUCAUUCAUUAUUCCUCUGUCAAACGUUGUGAGAUUUCGAAAAAUUUUCAAGUUUUCAGCUAUUUCUAAAAAACAUAACACUCCAGAUCUUUCCAUGUAUUCAACAAGAUGUUCUACAUUAUUGUCACCUUUUGGUAAUUUCAUUUUGAAUGACCGUUGUUUGGCUCGAAUUUUGCAAUUUUCCCGCACAAACCAAUCAAACAAAGAAAAAGUAAACAAGUGAAAACAAACUCCUCAACUACCUUCUGUACAAUUACAAGUUCUUGAAUAUUUGAUAACUCUACAAAACAUGUGCCUGAACUGCAAAUAGAUGCCGUGGAGUCGUCGGGAUAGCGUACAUUAUAAAAAAAUAAUUUUAAAUAAUAUUGUGCUCCGAACAGCAUCUAUAAUUACCCGCUUGAAUUUCAUUUUUAUGUAAAUCGGCACAGCUCCGAACGGUUCGUAAUGCUUCCAGAUCGCGGAUAAUAAACCCAUCAUUCAUUAUUCCUCUGUCAAACGUUGUGAGAUUUCGAAAAAUUUUCAAGUUUUCAGCUAUUUCUAAAAAACAUAACACUCCAGAUCUUUCCAUGUAUUCAACAAGAUGUUCUACAUUAUUGUCACCUUUUGGUAAUUUCAUUUUGAAUGACCGUUGUUUGGCUCGAAUUUUGCCAUUUUCGCGCACAAACCAAUCUAAUACAGAAAAAGUAAACAAGUGAAAUUCUAUGAAGUUGUUGACCGAUGCCUCAGUUAACUAUGUAACGUUCCUGCCUGAUCGUACCAUUGUAUGGUUUUUGUUCUGUCUAGCUGCCCCAUCACUAAAUAGAAUAAUAUUCAUGCGUUGACGAGGAUACAGUUUUCAAAAUAAUGUAGAAGAAAAGAACAAACAUCAUCCGGAGACUUCCUAGCCUCUCCUUCAUUGUACAUAUACAUUUUUGCCUGAUUUGUUUUUACGUCAUGUAUACAAAAAAUAUUUACCUAUAACUGGCGCAUAUAAAAAACCUCUUGAACAGGUAUGUUCGGUAAGGGUAAUUUUGACAUGUAGUCAAAACAUAAAACUACCGUGUCAUCAUCGUUUUUUUCUUGGCAGUAAUUAACUCAGUAUUUUUUGGUUCUUCUUUUGUGUAAUAUAAGCUCAUCAGCUGCACGCCGUUUAGCACUCUCACUUAAGGCUGUAUCUCUUAUUUUCGUGUUUAAAAUUUCGCACUGGCUGUACACAUCUACUUGUGGUUGACCAAAGGUAUAAUCAAAAUUUUCUUUAAAAUAUUUAUAAUAGAAGUUGUAUUUUACUUUGAUUGCUAAAUCUGGAUAUUCUUUCACAAACAUUUGAUGCAUGUUUACGAUGUUUAAUCGUGCAUCUAAAUAUUUUUUAGAUUUUAUUCCAUAAUGGGUAUUUUUAACAUUAAAUCGAUUGAUGUGUUGAUGAAUUUCAACAUAAAUGUCACCGUCUAUUGCGUUUCCACUAAUAUUUUUUCCACGUUUGUCUUCCGGCAUUUUAUUAUUGUAAUAACUAAUAAAAAAGAGAGAGAAUGACAGUGAAGGUAGAUGGCAUAAAUAAAUUAAUAGAAGGAAACGUAAGAUGUGUGAAGUUAGAACUAAGAUAUAUUUAAGCGAAAGAAGAGACUAAUUAUGAAUUAAAGUAUUUUAUUAGUUAUUACUAUUAAUUGUAGUUAGUGUGUUAAACUACUCUUACUUGAUAUAUCUUGACUGCAAAUCUUGUUUUAAGGUGUAGAGAGGAGAAGAAGUGAUUUAGAUUUAUUAGAUGUUAAAUAAAUAGAAAAAUAGUUUAUUAUGUAAGCAUGUAUUAUAAUUGAUAGUCAUUUAAACAUGAAUUUAUAUUAAGUUAAACUAUUAAAUUAUAUUAAGAAUAAAGACACCAAGUCACAAUGUAAGACUGAUAAAAAGGUUGCAAAGUAAAAGAGUGAAGCUGAGCACUUAAGUCUGAACGCUAGAGGAGAAAAAAUAGAAGUGGCUCUUUGACGAAUUGUCAAAAGCUGAUCAGAUCCCAGAGGGCUCUUAGGUCUGUUACAAUGAAUCAUGGUAAUAAAAUUUUAUGUGAUGAAAUACGUUAUUUAAUUAAAAAGAAAGAUGCCCUUUACAACGCGGUACGAGAAUUAAUUUGUGUAAACAAACAAUGAUAAGUAAUACGUUGUAUGUUGCUAAUCCAUACGUGUAGCUGUAUGAACUCAUUUAUGGCUUUUUCGGCAAGGACCAUGCAAACAAAAUUAAACUAUUAUACGCCUCAGCGGCGUCGACAUGUCACUGGCAAUCGCCAACGAGACGUUUGAAUUUAACUAAGUAUCAAAAUAAUAUUACCUAAAUUUUCAUCAAUUAUCUACAUAUUAUGAAAUACUAUCAUAUCUUAUGUAAUAUUUUAGACAUAGUUUGUUACCCUACAUCUUAUGUGCUACCAUUACAUAUUGUUUAUUAUUUCCUGUUUGUUUUAUAUAAUGAAUACGAGGUGUGACAAUUAAGUAAUGAGACUGACGUUAUAAAAGCCGUAUAUUUAAAAAUUAUUCAACAACUGUUCUAUCCCCUUCAAAGUAGUCCCCUUGGGCAGCUAUACACCGAGCCCAUCGCAUUUUCCACGCGUCGUAACAUUUCUGGAACGCUUCAACUGGAAUGUCCAUGAGUACCCUCGUCACGGCCGCUUGGAUCGCCU